CUUGCAAGUUGCAAAUUUCUGCCGAAAUCUCCAACAGUUUUAGAGUUUUACCAUCUGAAAUUUGAACAGAAGGUUUGCUGCUGCUGCUGUAGCUGAGAGUGUGGUGUGUGUGCUUACCUUGUGGGGUACUCUUUACACUCUGAGGCCUUCAAAUUCAAACAGAUUUUAUUCUCUUUCACUGCAACAAUUUUAAUGGCCACUGAAGAGGUUAAUAAACCUCUAUCACUCCCUCCUUACCCUGAGAUGAUUCUGAAGGCCAUUGAAGCAUUGAAUGAAAAGAAUGGCUCGAACAAAUCCUCAAUAUCAAAGUUCAUUGAAUCAACGUAUGGGGAUUUGCCAGCCGGCCACAAUUCACUUCUCUCUCACCACCUGAACAAAAUGAAAGAUAGUGGGGAGCUGGUAUUCUGGAAAAACAACUACACCAAGCCGGAUCCUAAUGCACCCCCGAGGCGGGGGCGUGGAAGGCCACCAAAACCCAAGGAUUCACUGCCACCAGACGCUGUGUUGGGUCCAACAAGGCCUAGGGGCCGCCCUCCUAAGGACCCCAAUGCGCCCCCAAAGCCUCCCAAGGUUAAGGUGUCUUCAGGGAGUGGGAAGCCAAGAGGGCGGCCAAGGAAGAUGGCUAAGCCUACCGGAGGCUUAAGUGGCUCGGCCACGGUGACAGAUACAAUGCCCGGGAGGCCAAGGGGUAGGCCUCCAAAGGUUAAGGAUUCAUUGAGUGCUGAAGUUAGUGUUGAGCAAUAGAUUUUUAUUACCACUUUUAGUGUCUCUCCCCCUGUGUUUUGUAGAAUUGGAUGUUGUGUUGUUAGUUUAGCUGUGUCAUGUCUUAACCGCUAGCCUGUACAAUGUAAUGCAGUUGCUUGAGGCUCUGUUGGUUUUUCUAGUUUUUGGAGGGGGUAUGACAUGACUGCUACUAAUUAUAUGAUUGGGGAUUUCAUUUCA